AUGGAGGCUGCAGCUGCUAAAUUCUUGUUCCAGACUACAGUGACUCAGAUCUGUCACUCUGCCAGAGAUAUCCAGCCACAUUCUCUCCAUCCAAGAGAACAGCCAGAAAGCAACCCUACAUUAUGGAGACCCUGGAUUCUCACAGCAAGAGAUGCUGAACUGGGACGUCAAGGAAUGUCUGAACUGGACGGUGAUCAGAGAAAUUUUAGCUCAAAAGGAGCUUUGGGGUUUCAGCAUCCAGUGAGACUUUAUUUGCCCAAAUCUAAAUCUCAGAAGUUCCUACACAACAUUGGAAAGAAGGUUCUGGCCAGUUUUCCAGUACAAGCCACAAUUCAUUUCUACAAUGACGACUCUGAUUCUGAAGAUGACGAGGAAGGAAGGAAUUCAGCUUUAUAAUGAACAUACUCAGCCUCUGAGGACCAUGUAAAUGAAGAGACAAAAAAUGGCCUCUAAUGUGUUUACUAGCAAAAAUCAUAUAAACCAAAAAACAGAUCUAAAGCUCAUGUGAGAAUCAUCUUCUUGCUGUCAU